ACUAGAUUCUUCAUCUGCAGUGCUUUGUAAUGCUUCUCUAUAACUCUGCUCCAGGAUUUAUCAUCCAUGGCGUGGGGUGGGAUUACACUUUUCCACACAAAAUAAAAAUAAACAAGCAAUAAAAAAAAUAUACCUGUUCCGAGAAUAUGACCGUUGAAUCCAGCUCAUCCGCCAUGUCAGAUUUGACAGUCUCCUCGUAGACUGUGAAAACUCUCAUGCAUUAAAAACUAAAAAAACCUGAUGCAGUUCCAAAUAAUUGUCCUCUGCGGCAGCCCUCACUUCUUACUGUGUCCCAGCAUUACGACUACAGCCGUUCGAUCUCUGACUCAAAAGUUAUCCAAUGCUUGGAUCAAUCAAGGAUACAUUCACAAGUAAGCCCCUCCCCGUCUUUGUCUUGCAAGUUAAUUUUAAUUUAUAUGACAAAACAUUGCUAUUUGCGUAGAAUCAGAAACCCUUCACUUCGGUUCAGCUACUUUCCCACUUGUUUAAGCCAUAUGCCCGCGUAGACCUCAAAAGGAGUUCACUUUUCUCUUUCUCUGUAGAUUCUCUUUCAUCCUCUCUCUUUCUUUGGGUCGGUUUACAUUUCAUUCUCUCUCUCUUUCUUUGCGUUUAUGGUGUUGUGAGAUUGUGGGAGGUCUGUACUGAAGAUUUUAAUGGCUGUAUUGCUGCCGCUGCUAAUUUUUUUCGCAGUAUCCGCUGUUUCUGCUGAUGAAGAUGCCUUCAUUGGUGUGAACCUUGGUACAGACCUUUCUGACAUGCCAAAUCCAACUCAGGUUGUGGCUCUUCUAAGGGCUCAAAAUAUUAGACAUGUCAGGCUUUAUGAUGCAGACCGAGCAAUGCUUCUUGCACUUGCUAACACAGGCAUUCGUGUGACCGUGUCAGUUCCUAACGAUCAGCUCCUUGGCAUUGGUCAAUCCAAUGCCACUGCAGCCAACUGGGUUGCUCGCAAUGUACUUGCCCAUGUCCCUGCCACCAACAUUACAACCAUAGCUGUUGGAUCUGAAGUCCUUACUGCCCUCUCAAAUGCUGCUCCAGUCUUAGUUUCUGCCUUGAAGUUCAUCCACUCUGCCCUUGUUGCUUCUAAUCUUGACGGCCAAAUCAAAGUCUCCACCCCCCACUCAUCUUCGAUUAUCCUGGAUUCCUUUCCUCCUUCCCAAGCUUUCUUUAAUCGUUCAUGGGACCCAGUCAUGGUUCCCUUGCUCAAAUUUUUGCAAUCCACCGGAUCUUACUUUAUGCUCAAUGUCUAUCCAUACUUUGAUUACAUGCAGUCGAAUGGUGUGAUCCCAUUGGACUAUGCGCUUUUCCGGCCCCUCCCUCCAAACAAGGAAGCUGUGGAUGCCAACACACUCCUGCACUACACUAAUGUCUUUGAUGCUAUUGUUGAUGCAGCCUAUUUUGCAAUGUCCUACCUGAACUUUACUAAUGUUCCAAUAGUAGUAACUGAAUCUGGUUGGCCAUCUAAGGGCGACUCUUCUGAGUCAGACGCAACUGUUGACAAUGCUAACACGUACAACAGUAACUUGAUUAGGCAUGUGCUUAACAACACGGGGACACCCAAACACCCGGGUAUUGCCGUUAACACUUUUAUUUAUGAGCUUUACAAUGAGGAUUUGAGACCUGGAUCAGUAUCUGAAAAGAACUGGGGACUUUUUGAUGCCAAUGGGGUGCCUGUUUAUACCCUGCAUUUGACGGGUGCUGGGACUAUAUUGGCAAAUGAUACUACAAACCAGACAUUUUGUGUUGCAAAGCCAGAUGCUGAUAAAAAGAUGUUACAGGCAGCAUUGGAUUGGGCUUGUGGACCUGGGAAAGUUGAUUGCUCAACCUUAUUGCAGGGCCAGCCCUGUUAUGAUCCGGAUACUGUUUCUGCACAUUCAACAUAUGCUUUCAAUGCAUACUACCUGAAGAUGGCCAAGUCUCCAGGCACCUGUGAUUUCAAAGGGGUUGCUACCAUCACUACCACUGAUCCAAGUCAUGGUUCUUGUAUUUUUCCGGGAAGUCGUGGGAAAAAUGGCACCUUCAUAAAUGGCACAUCACUGGCUCCCUCUUCAAAUUCAAUAGAUGCUAGCAGCUGUGCAGUAUAUUUCCGUGGUGUCGGUUCUUUCACAACCUCUGUGAUCUCAGGGCUUUUGCUUAUGGUCGCAGUGUUCUUGUAAAACCUUCUCUCCUGCCAUUUAAUUAAAGCACAUUCUUGUUGCAUCUGGACUGGCAUACGGAGCAAUUAGGCAAUGGAGAACUUGUGGCAUACCCAAUUUUGUUUCUCCAGUAAUGGAGGAGAGGUAAGGGUUGGCAAGGCUUGUUGAAUACAAGGUGAUUGAUUGGGCAUUGUAUAAACCAACUAGAGAGAUUAUUUGGAUUGUUGUUGUAAAUCACUUUUACCAUGUUGAAUUUGGUUGUAUUCUUUGAGCUGGAUUAGUAACAAAGGCCAUGUAGCUCUGUAAUAUCAAGUUCAAGUGAGCAUUCCAAAUGA